AGAAAGGACGGGAUGGGCUGGAAUGGGAUGCAGGGCUACGGAUCCCCACCAUCCCCUUGCAGCUCAACGCCUCCGACGACCGGGGCAUCGACAUUGUCCGAGGGCCCAUCCUGAGCUUUGCCAGCACCAGGACCAUCUUUAAGAAAGGCUUCAAGCUCGUCAUCCUGGAUGAAGCUGACGCCAUGACCCAGGAUGCUCAGAACGCCCUGAGGAGAGUAAUUGAGAAGUUCACAGAAAACACCCGCUUUUGCCUCAUCUGCAACUACCUGUCCAAGAUCAUUCCCGCCCUGCAGUCCCGCUGCACCCGCUUCCGCUUCGGCCCGCUGACCCCGGAGCUGAUGGUGCCGCGGCUCCAGCACGUCAUCCAGGAGGAGGGGGUGGACGUGAGCGAGGAUGGGAUGAAGGCUCUGGUGACCCUCUCGAGCGGGGACAUGCGCAGGGCCCUCAAUAUCUUGCAGAGCACCUCCAUGGCCUUCGGGAAGGUGACGGAGGAGAGCGUUUACACCUGCACGGGACACCCSCUCAAGUCCGACAUCGCCAACAUCCUCGACUGGAUGCUGAACCAGGAUUUUUCCACUGCCUACCGCAAAAUCAUGGAGCUGAAGACGCUGAAGGGCCUGGCCUUGCAAGACAUCCUCACCGAGAUCCAUCUCUUCGUGCACCGAGUCGACUUCCCGCCCUCCAUCCGCAUCCAGUUGCUGAUCAAGCUAGCAGACAUCGAGUACCGCCUGGCCGCUGGCACCAGCGAGAAGAUCCAGCUGAGCUCCCUGGUCGCYGCCUUCCAGGUCACCAGGGACCUGGUGGUGGCCGAAGCCUGAGUCCUGCCAGGCUGAUCCGCUGCUGGGUUUGGGAAGGACCAUCAGCCCCGUGCCUGGAACUGCUCCCUGCAGCUUCCCAGGCUCUUUCUGGAAGCCUCGAGCACACAGUUGGGGUGAAAAGUCAGGUAGCGUUCUACCCAAGCUCCAUGGGGAAAUACAGGUGYCUCCACAGCCCAGCAG